AAAUUAUUUCAUGAGUUCAGCCGAGCCAGAGCCAACAUGAAGACAGCCACAGUCUUGUUUCUGGUGGCUUUGAUCACUGUGGGGAUGAACACUACCUAUGUAGUGUCUUGCCCCAAAGAAUUUGAAAAACCUGGAGCUUGUCCCAAGCCUUCACCAGAAAGUGUUGGAAUUUGUGUUGAUCAAUGCUCAGGAGAUGGAUCCUGCCCUGGCAACAUGAAGUGCUGUAGCAAUAGCUGUGGUCAUGUCUGCAAAACUCCUGUCUUUUAAAUGGUUGACAGCCAUGUGGAAGAUGGAUUCAAUCUUCAUAAACAUGAAUGAUGGCCAGCCCCAGAAGAUUUCUUCUGAAUUCACAGAGCCUGUGCUUGGCUACUUCCUAGCCCUAGAAUUGCAUUCUUGGACAAGGAAGAUCUAUAUUGUGGUGACAAUGCCCUAAUAUGUCUGUGUCCAAAAUAAACUACCCUUAGCAUUC